UACGAAUCAAAGUACAAGAGGUAAUCAAUCUUAUCCAAGAUCCGGACAAGUUGCGUGAAGAACGAGCGAAGGCAAAAACCAAUCGUCACUUGUAUACUGGUCUUGGAGGAUCGGAUAGAGGAGGUUGGUGUAGUUCCGACGAUUCCUAUUACGGAAAUCGCUACGCGGAUCAGGAUUACGAUAACUAUGUCAGAGCACCCGAUUCAUCUCGUUUUGGCUCUGAGAAAGAUUUCAGAAUCCCACGUGCACCUGUACAACCUCCAGAACAAAGGUUGGGCGAUUUCGAUGAGUGGCAUGUUGGUCGUGAGCGUGGCUUGGUUGAUGACGUAAUUGAACAAAUUCGUGAAGCAUGGGAUGUUGCCAAGCUAUCUACUAAGGACAUAUUUUUCAAGAAGGACUCCGAUGUGAAUAUUCGGUACGCUUUUCGGUUCCAUUUUUCAUUCAACUUAAGAAAUUUAUUUUAA